GGAGGAUGGAGACGCUGGCGUUCGUGGCAACCGUUGGGGCCGCGCGAGAGGCGGUGGCCGCGUAGGCGGCGGGGCCAUGGCGGCAGAGCGCUGUCGCUGCGCUCCCUGAAGCGCGCUUCCCAUGGGCGCGCUGAGCAGCCGAGUGCUGCGACAGCCGGGCCGAGCCCGAGCGCAGCCGGAGCCGGAGCCGGAGCCGGGCCCUGGGGUGGGGGGCUCCGCUCGGAGGCUGGAGGCUGGCCACGAUGCAGCCGACCGCAGCUUCUGCUACUGUCCCGGCGGACGCAAGCGCAAGCGCAGCAGCGGGUCCUUCUGCUACUGUCACCCCGACUCCGACACGGACGAGGACGAGGGUGACCAGCAGCAGCGACUCCUUAACACGCCUCGGAGGAAAAAAUUAAAGAGUACAUCUAAGUAUAUUUAUCAAACAUUGUUUCUGAAUGGUGAAAACAGUGAUAUCAAGAUCUGUGCUCUUGGAGAAGAAUGGAGCCUACACAAAAUAUAUUUAUGCCAAUCUGGCUAUUUUUCUAGCAUGUUCAGUGGUUCCUGGAAAGAAUCCAGCAUGAAUAUUAUUGAACUGGAGAUUCCUGACCAGAAUAUUGACGUAGAAGCACUGCAGGUUGCAUUUGGGUCACUGUAUCGAGAUGACGUCUUAAUAAAACCCAGUCGAGUUGUUGCCAUUUUGGCAGCAGCUUGUAUGCUGCAAUUGGAUGGUUUAAUACAACAAUGUGGUGAGACAAUGAAGGAAACAAUUAAUGUGAAAACUGUGUGUGGCUAUUACACAUCAGCAGGGACCUAUGGAUUAGAUUCUGUAAAAAAAAAGUGCCUUGAGUGGCUUCUAAAUAAUUUGAUGACUCACCAGAGUGUUGAACUUUUUAAAGAACUCAGUAUAAACGUUAUGAAACAGCUCAUUGGUUCAUCUAAUUUAUUUGUGAUGCAAGUGGAGAUGGAUGUAUAUACAGCUUUAAAAAAGUGGAUGUUCCUUCAACUGGUGCCUUCUUGGAAUGGAUCUUUAAAACAGCUUUUGACAGAAACAGAUGUCUGGUUUUCCAAAUGGAAAAAGGAUUUUGAAGGGAUGACCUUUCUUGAAACUGAGCAAGGAAAACCAUUCAUAUCGGUGUUCAGACACUUACGGUUACAGUAUAUUAUUAGUGACUUGGCUUCUGCAAGGAUCAUUGAACAGGACUCUUUAGUACCUACAGAAUGGCUGUCUUCAGUGUAUAAGCAGCAGUGGCUUGCUAUGCUCCGGGCAGAACAAGACAGUGAAGUGGGGCCUCAAGAAAUCAACAAAGAAGAACUAGAGGGAAAUAGCAUGCGGUGUGGUAGAAAGCUUGCCAAGGAUGGUGAAUACUGCUGGCGGUGGACAGGUUUUAACUUUGGCUUCGACCUUCUUGUAACUUACACCAAUCGGUUCAUCAUUUUCAAACGCAAUACACUGAAUCAGCCGUGUAGCGGAUCUGUCAGUUUACAGCCCCGAAGGAGCAUAGCAUUUAGGUUACGCUUGGCCUCUUUUGAUAGUAGUGGGAAACUAAUAGGUAAUAGAACAACUGGCUAUCAAAUACUUACACUUGAAAAGGAUCAGGAGCAAGUGGUGAUGAACUUGGACAGCAGGCUGCUGAUCUUCCCUUUGUAUAUCUGCUGUAACUUCUUGUAUAUAUCGCCAGAAAAAAAAACUGAAAAUAAUCAUCACCCAGAAAAUCCAGAAAACUGAGGAUCGCAUCAGGUAGAAACAGUAGCACUUUGAGGACUUUCUAGGCCAGCUUCAAUGUAAUGGCCCCCACUGCUAUUCACAUCUAAGGUGACUUAACAAUGAAAAAGGCCUUGUGAACUAUCCAGACGAUGCAGAAGGUGCCUCUACCCUCAGAUUUCUAUGCAUAUGUGAAAACCAAGAAACUGUCAAACCAUGUAUGUUAGAGGAUAUCAACUCUUGCUUUUAAUUUAAUAUCAAGAAAUUGCAGUAGGUUAGUUUCAUAUUUCUUUGUAACAAAAUAUGAAUUUAAAUUUUACCUUAAAUUUUGAUCCUGACUAAUAUUAGUGAACUUUAUUUAUUUAUUCUUCUGUAGACAUAUUUUUGUUAAAAGAAUGUUAAAGGAAUAAUUUGAAUGGUCAAGUAUAAAUGUUCUUUCAAUUUGUGCCUUUUAAAAGCCAUCCUUUAAUUUUUUUUUCAGUUGCUUGUUUUGAUUCCCCCAUUUAGUCUAAUCACUUUCCAGUCUUUGCUUGUUUUUAAAUCAUUUUUCAUGCUUUUAGAGACCAAGUUUAGGAACUAUUUUUCAAUCUAAACUUAAAACACUUUCAUAUUUUUUAACUUAAUUUUCUUGGGAUCUUAAAAGCAACAAAUCAGCUUUACAACUUCAAAUAAACUUGAAUAAGGGAAACAUCAGUUUGAUUCUGAGGACAUUCCUUUGCCUUACAUGGUUUUGUCUUUGACAUUCUAUGUACUUUUAUUAUUAGGUUGUGAGUUAUUUAUGUACAAAUGUUAAAUUGUUAACGUUUUCAUGUUCUGAUUUUUAGAAUUAUUUAUGUUCAAGAUUUAUUUGUGAAUUUUGUUUCCUACUUAAGCUCAGGACUUUAUAAUCUCUGAACUGAGUGCCUUUGAGUUAUACAUACUAAUAGAGAUUUCAUGAAGUUGGUGGACCUAAUAUAGAAGCUGUAAUGGAUUAAUAUAAAAAUACAACUUAUUUUUUCAGAAACAGGAUGUAAUGCUCACCAUAAUUUAUGUAUGCUAGCAUUUUUAUAGCUGUUUUGAAACUAGCCAUGCUAUUUUUCCCUCCAGAGUAAAUUUUUUUUUGCUUAAUGUAUCUUUUCACUAUGUUUUUAAAAUGGUAAUCAUUUUUAUGUAAUUUCAAAACUGCUCAUUUGCAAAAAGUAAAAGAUCUUAUUUUAAAAGACUCAAAAAAAUGCCAGGUGUGGUGGUGCACGCCUUUAAUCCCAGCACUCCGGAGGCAGAGGUAGGAGGACCGCCGCGAGUUCGAGGCUACCCUGAGACUCCAUAGUGAAUUCCAGGUCAGCCUGGACCAGAGUGAAACCCUACCUUGAAAAAAACUUUAAAAAAAAAAAAAAAGACUCAAAAAAAACUUAAUUGAAAUCAAAUUUUUAAAAAUUUCUAGUUAGGUUUUUCUCCUACCUGCUUCAUUUGUUGUUUGUGUGUCUGUCUGUUUUAACUCAAGGACAGUUUUACUGUAACUUGAGAGAGAAACCAGGCAGUUAGCUGAAGGUCUUAGCAGCUGCCUGGAGGAGGGAGCUGGUUAAGAGGAGAGGGGGAAAGUUAUGCUUUCUAAGUUGUGAUCAGUAUAGCAGGUGGGUUCAGCAAUGUAAGUGUUCUAGUAGUUGCAUAGUGGGAAGGGGGUCUUCAGAGAGAGCAAGGGUGCCAGAGUAUCAGGGCAAGCAGGCUUAGGAUUUGGGCUGGUUCCCAAAGAGGGAAAGAAAAUGUUCCACAACUCAGAAAGCAGGCAGCCUUAGCAAAAGAUAAAGAAAUCUUUUAAUGCUUCCUCCCUCAUCAAACUGUAAUGUAUAUGGUUUUAAUAUGAUGAUUGGACUAUCAAAAUGAUACAUUUCUUUUUGUUUGUUUAUUUAUUUGAGGUAGGGUCCCACUCUAACUCAGGCUGACCUGGAAUCCAUCUGUAGUCUCAGGGUGGCCUCAAACUCACAGCCAUCCUCUUACCUCUACCUCCCAAAUGCUGGGAUUAAAGGCGUGCACCACCACGCCUGGCUCACUUUUUAAUUUUAUCUUUGGCUACCAUUAUACAUCUCAUGAUGAGCACGCUUUUUUUCUUUUAAUAACAUAAGAGAUCCUUUACCCUUUAUAUAUACAUAUAUAUAUAUAUACAUAUAUAUAUAUAUAUAUAUAUGUAUGUAUGUAUGUAUGUAUGUAUAUAAAGCUGGGCAUGAGGGUUUACACCUGUAAUCCUAGCAUUCAGGAGGAUGGAAAGUUUGAGGCAGGUUGGGCUACAUAGUAAAACCCAAUAUCAAGAAAGUAAGCAUAUGGAUCUGGGGAGAAGGCUCGGGGUUAAAAGUGCUUGCUUGCAAAGCCUCAGCAGGCCUGAGUUCAAUCCCCAGUACCCACAUGAAUCUGGACAGGUGUUUGAUUGCAGUGGCAAGAGAUCCUGGCACAUCCAAGUGCAAGUAAAUAAAUAAUUAUUUUAAGUGAACUUGUAACUACUAUGACAGUUAAUCUCUUGCCAAUUUGAUUGGAUCAGGUGUCAAGAGGCCUGAUUCUUGGGCAGGUCAGUAAGGGUGUUUCCAAAAAGGAUUGAACUAAAGGAGGAAGACCUCCCCCAGAGUGGGUAGCUCAUCCUGUGGCAGCCUAGAUAUCAAGAGAUCUCAGGGAAAACCAUCCUUUUCCCUGCCUGCCUCUUCCCCCUUUGCUGGUAAGUUUAUCCACCCUGUUGCUGCCAUUCUCUUGACAUCAGAACCCAGCUUUAGCCUGCCAACAUGGACUGAAGACUAGCAGUUCUCCAGGAAUACUCCAGGCCUUCAGCACCAGAUUGCAACUUGCUGAGAUAUCCAGUCUCAUGGACUGAGCAGCCUGCAAACAACAAUUAUUGGACUCUCCAACCUGUAUCUUGUAUGCCACACUAAUAAAUCUGCUUUUGUAAUUAUA